AUUUGGCGAUGGCAGCGACCGCAAAUCUAGCACAAGCGCUAGGAGGUGGGCCCUCGCCGGCAGCAGAUAAAUCUGAGGUGCCGGUGGAGCACCUGGAUUACACCUAUAUCAACAAUUGCACCAGCGGCAAGGAGUUGGAGCAGAUUCUUAAAGUUCUCAGGUCGGGCAAGGAAGGUCGGUGGCAGGACCUGGAGAGUAGGUGUGAACAGAGGCUGAGUGAGGUGUACCCAAAGAGCAAGUUACUCCGUGUAGCUACCUCGCUGCUCAAACCCGGAGCUUUGGAUGAGGAGACCAGGAAAAACGUCGACCAAGACAUAACCGACUGGUUGAACAACAUGAACGAGCGAGAUAACAGCCUGAAGAACAGUAAGAACCUCACCUUCACUGCGUUACCUGAAGUUCGGCAGACUGGCAAUGUUGAUUCGAACAGACUAACUGAGGAAGAGAAAGCCGAGAACAAAGCUAAUCCUGAUAGGAUAAAUUCCUACGAUUACAGAGCUUGGGACAGGUACAACCCGGACGAGGAAUGUGAAAAAAUUGACGAAGAAAUCAAAACAAGACCGAAACCUAGUGCCCCGAAAUCCGCACCUAAAACAACUGUCAACCCGGAAGCUCUGACAGAUGAAGCAGCGAAAGAGAGAGCGAGCGAGAUGGAGAAGAACAAGGGAAAUGAGGCGUUCAAAGCUGGGGACUUUGAGGAGAGUAUCAACUACUACACCAACAGUAUAGAUAUAUUCCCUUCCACAGCUACCUACAACAACAGAGGCCUCGCCAAGAUCAGGUUAGAAAGGUUUUACAAAGCGCUGGAAGAUUUCAACUGGGUGCUGGACAAGGAGCCGGAUAACGUGAAGGCGUUGCUGCGCCGCGCAGACACCCACGAGAAGAUCGGACAGAUAAAAGAGGCACACGCAGACCUCCAGCGGAGUGUGAUUGUGGAUGAGAACAAUAAACGAGCCAAGCAAUUAUUGGAGGUGUUCGUGGAACGAAACAAGAAGCUGCUAGCUAAAGGAGGGAAGAGGAUGAAGAUUAUCGAGAGCAGUUCUGAUGAGGAAGAGGAAGAGAGAAGUAAAGUUUCCCCUCCUGGAAAGCAAACAAAACUUUCGUCAGAAUCUCAGAGCCCCGCUAAGAUCCCCUGUACUCGACCCGACCCCACACCUGCACAACCUGCACCUGAACCGGUUACACCUGCUUCUGAACCGGUCAACACACCUUCUAAACCUGCUACUCCUGAAACAGUGGUGAAUGAGACGGAGGUGGUGUUGGAGAUGAAGGAGGGGACUCCUCCUAAACCACAGAGACAGAUUAUCCACAUACUUCCACUUCCUGAAAAGGUUGUUAAACUGAAAGCAGCAGCGACCUCCUUGUUUACCAAUGGAAUGUACGGGGAUGCAGUGAGUAAGUACACGGAAUGUGUAGACUCUUUGGAUAGGAACAAUCCUGGGUACUGGUAUCAUAUCUCCCUCCUUCUUAGUAACCGGGCUGCCUGCAAGUUAAAGAUCGGACAAUGUACGGAAUCUAUCAAGGAUUGUAACGAUAGUUUGGUGUUAAACCCGGGUUUCUUCAAAAGUGUACUACGUCGAGCCAUUGCUUUCGAGAAUAUCGAGAACUACAAGAAAGCGUACGAGGACUACAGACUUACUAUACUUAUGGAUCCUAGUCAGGUUACAGCUCAACAAGGUGUCAGCAGGACUAGUGAAAUAUUGAGGAAAGAGUUCGGUUCCAGCUGGCGGGACCACGUCACAAAUCACGCUUCCUAUCCUGAAUCUCCUGAGUUCGUAGAUCCGGCGAAACCACGAGCUCCUGUCCCAACUCCUACACCUGCUCAACCAUCCAAACCAGAACCUGCAAAGAAACCUGCAUCUUCUCCUUCGAAACCUGCAGAAAAGCCAACCCCAGUUAAGCCUGUGCCAGAGACCAAACCUGCAAAGCCCACGGAACCUGCCAAACCUGCAAAGCCCACGGAACCAGUAAAAACUGUUCCUAAAGCUGCUCCCAAAGCUACUCCUCAGGAGACUUCACCUCCUAAGAAAGCUGACUAUAGGAUGCCAACCAAGGAGGAGCAAUAUGCCAAGUUCAAGGACCAAGGUAAUGCUCACGUAUCCAAACAACAAUAUCGUGAAGCCCUGAGGUGUUACGACAAGUGUAUCACACUAAACAAGGACAUGGUACCAGCUCACCUUAACUCCGCACUCUGCCAUCUUAAAUUAGGGAAUCACAAGAAAGUGAUGACUUGUGUGGACGAGGUUCUAAAGUUGGAACCUAACAACAUAAAGGCACUUUACCGCCGAGCUGCGGCUAACAAUGAGUUGAAGAAGUACCCUGCCGCUGCUAAAGAUCUCAAGUUUGUCGUGGAGAAAGAUCCGGGGAACAAACCCGCUGCUCAGCUUCUCGAACAGGUUAAGAAGUUGUGGAGCCAAGAACUGCGAGGAAUGCAAUCCCAAAAAAGUGCCCCGCCACCACCCCAGCAGCAGCCUGCUCAGCAGAGAAAAAAGGGCAGGAAGAUCCCCAUAGUGCAGGAUUCUGACUCUGAAGAUUCUGAGGAGGAGGUUAAACCACAGAAACAGACAAAACCGGAGAGGCCGGUAAAGCCGGAACCGGUUAAGGAGCCUACUCCUAAACCUCAACCUGUACCUGAGAAAAAGGCUGCUCCACAGAUUGCAAAAGGAAAUGAUACGGUGAAAGGAAACAAACCUUGGAUGAAGAAGAAUAAUACUAGUGGUUCUCAUAAUCAAACUGCUGAAGCCCCAACAGCCUUCUCAUUCCUACAACACUGGUCUGCAUACAAAAAGAAGAAAGAUAUCGAGCAGUUCGGGAAAGUUCUAGAAUCUUGUGAUCCACAGUCCUUCCCUAAAAUAUUUUCUAGCUCAAUCGAUGCGGACAUGGUUAUAGCGAUAGUUGAUGCGGUGGACAAGUACUUUAUACCGAGCCAACAACACCAGAAGGCUUUGGAGAUACUGCAGGCAGUUACAAAGGUUCAGAGGUUUGACGUCAUGACAAUGCUGAUGAGCCAGAAAGAUAAGAGUACCAUUUCUGAUGUUAUCAAUCGAUUGGAGGGAGACGAAAGGGUCAUCAAAUCUCUUCACAGCAGAUUUUCUUAAGAAUUAACGAAUUUUUCGUAGAUUAAGCCUAUUUACUCUCAAUCGUUUUGGUUUAAGUGUCUUUUCUUUUUCGGUCUGAUAUAUAAAUUGUCGAAGCAAGGUUCACGUUUUGAACCAGACAGCCAAGUUAUUUGUAUCUUUAUGUUUGUAUAUAGUUUUACAUUUUAUUUUCAGUUCUCCAUUA